ACACGCGGAGGGGCAGACAACCGACCAACAACAAACAACAACGUUAACCGCAGCAGCAUCUCCCCGUUUCUGCUCACGGGUCACUCGCUGCUCGCUUCUAAGGACGAGGUCACCGAGAGGAGCUCACCGGACGUGAACGUCUUUGCCAUAGAUCUUUGCUUAUGUUAUUAUUUAAAUUCAGGUUUCGGCGUUUGUUGUCGUUUCACGUCCGCCCAACAUGACGAGUUACAAGGCGUUUCAUUCCCAGUUGACGUCCAUCAUGGAGGCACUGGCCAAAGCGGCGGUGGCGGAGAUCUGCGAGCUGGUGGAUGACAGCUAUGCCGUGUUGCAGCUGGAGAUCACCCGCAGCCACAAGGAGAACGAGGCGCUGAGGAGGAAGCUGGAGCUGAUCGAGACCAUCAUCGCGCGGGGACACCGGGGGAACGCCGCGGUGUUGGAUUUCGGCGGGCAAGAGGCGGCCGGUGGGGGGCUGAUGAUGGAUUUCACUCUCGAACGUAACGUACCAACUGGAGUGGGGGCCAAACAGCCAAAAGCAAAUCUCAAAAGAAGUGGAAGGUUUCCAAUGUUGGAGGCCACAACUGAGCUGACCCCUGCAGCCAAAGAGGAUUCUUCGUCAGUAGCUGUAGACGAGCCAAAUGAUCAGGAUGUUGUUCUCAUAAAGGAGGAAACCGCGAAAGAGGAGGUGACCGGCUAUGACGCCACAGACGAGCUCCUUCUCAACGAGGAUGGAACGGAGGUGCAGCUGUCAGAUACAGAUGACAGUGACGAAGGACCCUCUGGGAUGGUGAUCUCCACCUCCACCGACGUGAGGCUGUGGGAUCAGAACAGUAAUGGACCGUCUGAGCGAGUCGAGCAUCAACAAUCCCACAGUGCACUGGGGUCUCCUGGGUCUCCAGGCCCUGCAGGGGGCGCUGAGAGAAAUUCUUCAGAUGUGGUGUUUGACUUGGCCUCAGAGUCGGACUGUGAAGCUCCGUCUGCAGUCCAGACAAGGAAGCCGUUUGUCUUUGGCUCUGGAACAAGUCCCACCCCCCUGCCUGGGACCUCUGAGCUGAAGCGGGGUGCGUCUCUGAUCAACUCCCUCCCCUAUGACACAGAGCUGGAUCUGUGCUCUUCAUGGACCAGUCAGAGCCUGCCGAGCAUGGUGCCCGUCCCCCACCGGCCAACACUCCUGGACAAAGUCUCUGACCUGAAUGCUGCAAGUUUCCCCUUAGCACUCGGUCUUGGCGGAUCCAGACUGGACCCGCUGGACCUUAACAGGUACUGCAGGGACAGGCGCUUCGUCUGCAGCUACUGCGGGAAAUGCUUCACGUCGUCACGGAGCCUGGAGACGCACGUGCGUGUUCACACGGGCGAGCGGCCGUACAGCUGUGCUCAGUGCGGGAAGCGUUUCACGCAGUCGGGACACCUGAAGACGCACCAGAGUGUUCACACCGGAGAGCGGCCGUUCGCCUGCGAGCACUGUGGGAAAAGAUUUGCCGGCAAGCAGAACCUGAGGAUCCAUCAGCAGAAACACCACGCAGCAGAGCAGAGUGCCGCUCCCGUUUAACUCAAGAGGAAGUAUGUCACACAAGCACUGUCAAGCCUGAACACUGGCGUGACCAGCUGAAACAUAUGCACUCAUGGUACAGUAAGGCGCAGAGGAGAUCUAAACUGUGAUGGACCAGAACCAUAUGCUGUUAAUUUAAAUUAAUCUUUUUUACGCUGAGGGCCUUUUUAAAGAUGUUUCUAGAAAAAUGGGUGCUUUUACAAAAACUGAUCGAUAAACUGUUUUAAUUCUGUCAGGCUUACGUAUUUUUGACCAUCUGAACUGCCUUGGUAGAUGCCCGAGACAAAACAAAAUGGGACUACGACCUGAUCCAGAUCAAUUCUUACCUCAAAUAUAGGGGGCCGUUUUGGGUCCACUUCAGUACUUUAGGAUCGAGCAAUGACUUCCUGGUGACAGUGAUUCCUGUAGAGAGUCAACAAGCAUGUGAACGUUUAUUGGUUGGUGUAAAUCUUGGAUUAAAAUUGUGCAAUCUUGGAAGGA